AGAAAAAAUUAAAUUUAAUAAAAAUCCAAAAAACACACAAAAUACUAUGAUAAACUGCAAUUUUCUUGCUUCCAUUGGAUUCAGGACAAGGACUUUGGGGUAUGGAGGAUUUGGAACGGUUUUUAAACGAUAUCUGGGGACCACAAACCCGAUCAACAAAGGAGAUGCUACUCAAUGGAUGAAUAUUGAGAGAAAAAGGGCCGUUACUGGUAUUAUAUUAAACAGAAAUACCAUAUCAAUAUGUUCAUACCUUUUUAUUGCGAGUUCUUGCCGUUUUUUCUCGUCAAAAUCUGCAUCAAAGGAUGCAAAAAUAAAUAAAAAGCUAGAUGCGCUGCCAGCGCCUCCAAAAAGAGGAGAAUCUCCUUGGAUCGUAUUUAUUAAGGAGAAAUUUAAACAAACAAUAGGUACUCCGAAGGAAAUUCUGAAACAAAGCUCUUCUAUAUGGAAAAAUAUGUCACAAGAAGAACGACAGACGUACAAAGAUAUUUCAGAGGAGAAAAAGUUACAGGCAUUGCGUACAUAUAGCAAUUGGGUGAAUUCGUUAUCACCACAAGAAAUUAUAAAAGAAAACAAUAUUAGAAGCCAAUUACGCAGACAAGGAAAGAAAGGCGUAACAUUUAUUAAGGAUCCUCGAAAGCCUAAACGUCCUUUAUCAUCAUUUUUAUUUUUUUGUGCUUAUGCAAGAUCAUGCCCAGAUUUUAUAGAGAAAUAUGCACAAGGAAGAACAAAGAUUACAGAACAAACCAAGAUAUUAGCGGAGAAAUGGGCAACUAUGGGGGAUUCUGAGAGACAGGAAUUUGUGAAUUGCUCAGCAAAUGAUAAAGAACGCUAUCAAAGGGAGAUGGAAAUCUAUUAUAAAUUAUAAGAUACAGAUGUCUAUCUAUUCAAUCAAUGAAUAGU